GGUAGUAUCAGGGGUGAUCUCUGCACUGAGUUGUUGUGGAGAAUCCUUGCAAAGGGAUAGAAAAAAGCAUGUAAGGGCGCCAUUUUUGUCAGCGAGCGUGAAGUCUCAUCAGGUUAAAUACCGAGAUUUUAAGUAUAAAAACCCCGAUGUUCCCGGGGGGGAGGUGUUUGAUGCUUCAAGCUUGUCUUUCCUCAGAAUGUUACCUAUUACUUUGGUAUUUCCGCUAUUAUGCUCUAUCUCUAUUGCUGCAAAUGUAGAUGAUGCAAAUGCUACUAUCAAUUCAGCUGUCGCUAGCGUCACCAAAUCUCCAACUACAAAUGUGAACAUUUGCUGCAAAGCUCUCCAAUUUGCAUUGGGUUCGAAAGUCUCGUACCCAAGCUCGUCAGCUUAUAGUACAUUUUUGACGAAGUUCUAUUCUCAGCAAGAAUCUCAACUUUCCCCAGGAUGUAUUGUAUCACCAACAUCCACAACAGACGUCUCAAUUUCAGUUGGAAUUUUGUCUGCUCUGGGUAAAUUAACAAAUUGGAGUCCUUCAUGUCAAUUCGCUAUCAAAUCAGGAGGCCAUGCACCAGGAGUAAAUCAGGCCAACAUUAAUCAAGGGGUAACGAUAAAUUUGAGUCCUCUUAAUUCCAUAAGUGUUAGUAACUACCAGUCUGUGGUAUCAGUUGGUCCAGCAGCAAGAUGGGGAGAAGUCUAUCUCAAGUUAGAUGCUUUACAACUUACUGUUCCGGGUGGGCGAGUUAAUUCGGUUGGUGUCGGAGGAUUAACAGCUGGAGGUGGAAUAUCCUAUUUCUCUCCCAGGAAAGGAUUCACAUGUGACAAUGUCAAGAAUUUCGAAAUAGUCCUUGCAAGCGGUAAAGUUGUCAAUGCGAAUGCAAAUCAGAAUUCAGAUUUGUAUUUAGCUUUGAAAGGCGGCUCCAACAAUCUUGGUGUAGUUACGCGAAUCGACUUCUAUACUCUCCAACAAGGCAAGUUGUGGGGCGGUAAUAUUCUGUACCCAGCAACGACCGCAGACCAACAAAUCAACGCUUUGGCAGAUUUUAGCAGCAACCCAGCUUAUGAUGAGUAUGCUUCUCUGAUCACGAGCUUUGCUUUUCAGCCUAGUGUUGGCUCCGUAGUGGUUAACAACAUCGUAUAUACUAAGCCUGUCGCGAACCCGGUAGUAUACCAACCCUUCACGGCAAUUCAACCUCAAUACUCGAACACUCUGAGAAUCACAAACUUGACCGACAUUGGAAGUGAAACUGGAGGCACUUUUAGUCAACUACGAACAUUAUUCAUAACAACAACAUUCAAAGCUAAUAAGCAAAUGAUAAAUGCAACUUACAACGCCUGGAACACCGCUCUUCCCUCUAUUCAGUCUCUUUCUAAUAUUACCUGGUCGCUAUCAUUCGAACCAAUCCCAGUUAACGUCCCCGCCAAAUCAGCUUCUACCGGGGGAAACGUCCUCAGUGUAACUCCCGCUGACGGUCCACUAAUUGUUGCUCUUCUUACCGCCACAUGGGGGAACAUUGCCGAUGAUACUAUUGCUAGUAAUACUGCAAAAACUAUGUUCGACACGAUUGACGCUUAUGCGAAAACUUCUGGAUCUUAUAACGACUGGCAGUAUCUUAAUUAUGCAGCGAAUUGGCAAGAUCCCAUUGAUGGAUAUGGAGCGGUGAAUAAGGCAAAGUUGCAGGCGGCGAGUAAGAAGUAUGAUCCGCUAGGUGUUUUUCAGAAGGGCGUUACGGGAGGAUUUAAACUUUUUGUUUGAUUCUUGAGUGGGAGAUUCUAGCCUGAUUUCUGGAUAUGUGAGCUCUGGAAAGUUGUUUUUGGAUUCAAUCCCCGUGUUGAACGCUCCCCUCCAAUCAAAUUCAAACUCUCUCCAGUGGAACAAAAACUUGAUUAUAUCAGGUUAAAUAAUAAUACACGUACAGAAAGUAUGGCAAUGCGUGGUGGUGCCUAUUAUUCCGUGAUACAAGCACGAAAUAUGUAUAUUUAUAAAUAAUUUAAAUAAAUGGUCGCUUAUUA